CUUUCUUUCCUUUUUUUACGAUUUCAUUCAAGAAUUUUUAUUCGAUUUUUUUAGUAAUAUGUAGAACGAGUUAAUUUCGUCAGAAAAUUCGAAACUAAACCUCACAAGUGGUGAAACCUAGCUCUGUCUUUUCAGAGAUACUGCGCAUUCUCUCACCAGAGGGCGCGCUACGCAAGGUUCUCUUUCACCCCUGUUAUCGUUUGAUAAAUAGCAAUCUCUACACAGAGUUGUCGUUCCUUGCUCUCACUUGCACCUCUGUUAACGUCUCAAAAUAAGCAAUGUUAUUCAAUAUGUAAAUCCACUUUUUUUUUUUACGGCUAAUAAAACUAAGUACUAUUUUAUAAAAUAUCGGGAAAAUGUAGGACAAGCAACUAUUUGUAGAUUUUUUCCCCAUUACUAUAUAUUCUUCAUGUACCUGCAUAUAGAACUACCCAAUGUCCACGUUUCAACCCAAAUCAAUGCUUCUUGUGUCACAAAAAGACUUGACAUCUGCUCAAUAUUUAUUUAUUUACGUAUAUUUUCGUAACUGAAGUCAACACCAUACUUUAUUUGAGCAUACGUGCCAUUUUACAAAAAUCUUGUAAAACCCUUGAGACGUUGACAGAGGUGCAAGUGAGUGUAAGGAACGAUAACUCUGGGUAGAGAUUGGAAGCGUAACGCCAUCUGGUGAGAGAUUGACACUGUGCGGAGCAUUAUGGGUAGACCGGAACCAGGCUAGCACGAGGUGGACAACUUAGGCAGCUCGUCACAGAAAUAAGUAAAAGCGAAAAAGAUUUGCAUACUUAGAAUUUAGUGAUAUCAAGAAAGUGAAGAAAUACAUAGAGACCAAACAGAGGAUGGAGUUUGAGGGAUCAUCUAAUGAUAGAAACCAGAGGGAUAGUUUUGGUGGUCGAGGAGGAGACCGCAGGGGUAGAGGACGUGGAGGAGGAGGCUGGGGAGGCAGGGGUGAUGCUACCAAUAUUCUGUUUGUGAGGAACUUGAGUUUCUCCACUACAAGUGACAGCUUGAGUGAAGCUUUUGAUGGAUGCUCAUCAGCAAGGGUUGUUAUGGAGAGGGAUGACCCUAACAGGUCUAGGGGAUUUGGGUUUGUGGAAUUUGACUCGGUAGAGUUGGCAAAGGAAGCAUUUAAUUACAUGAAGGGACAAGAGGUUGACGGACGCCAGAUCUAUCUGGACUUUGCUGACGAGAGAUCUGGUGAUGGUGGUGGUUUCCGAGGAGGUCGUGGUGGUAGAGGUGGCGGACGAUGGGGUGGAGGAAGAGGAGGUGGUGGACGAGGAGGAAGGGGAGGAUUCAACAGACGUCCAAAUCCUACCAAGAUUCUGUUUGUGAAGAACUUGAGUUUCUCCACUACAAAUGACAGCUUGAGUGAAGCUUUUGAUGGAUGCUCAUCAGCAAGGGUUGUUAUGGAGAGGGAUAACCCUAACAGGUCUAGGGGAUUUGGGUUUGUGGAAUUUGACUCAAUAGAGUCAGCAAAGGAAGCGUUUUAUUCCAUGAAGGGACAAGAGGUUGACGGACGCCAGAUCUAUCUGGACUUUGAUGAGCAGUGAUUUUUUUGGGGCCAAAAUGCCACCGAUAUUUGGCUAUUUCCCCUCACAAAAAUUAGCUAUUUUUAUGCCCCCGAAAUCAAAGAUCGAGGGGGCAUAUUGUUUUUGUUCUGUCUGUAAUUCUGUCUGAAACUUUAACCUUGCUAAUAACUUUUGAACAGCAAGUGCUAGAGCUUUGAUUUUUCACAUGAGUAUUCCUUGUGAGAAGACAUUUCCGUGGGUUCCAAAAGUUUUGACCCUGUGACCUUGACCUUGGAGUUUGACCUACUUUUUGAAAACUUUAACCUUGCUAAUAACUUUUGAACAGUAAGUGAUAGAGCUUUGAUAUUACACAUGAGUAUGCCUUAUGACAAGACCUUUCUGUGAAUACCAACAUUUUUGACCCUGUGACCUUGACCUUGGAGUUUGACCUACUUUUUGAAAACUUUAACCUUGCCAAUAACUUUUGAACAGUAAGUGCUAGAGCUUUGAUUUUUCACAUGAGUAUUCGUUGUGACAAGAACUUUCCGUGGGUACCAACAUUUUUUACCUUGGAGUUUGACCUACUUUUUGAAAACUUUAAUCUUGCAAAAACUUUUGAACAUUAAGUGACAGAGCUUUGAUGUUUCACAUGAGUAUUCCUUGUGACAAGACCUUCCUGUUGGUACUGAACCUUUUGACCUUGACAUCUUUCCUACUUUUUAAAAAUUGACAUUGGUCAUAACUUCUAAAUGGUAAAUAUUAUAGCUUUCAUAUUGCAUGUGAGCAUUUCUUGUGACAAGAUCUUUCUACUGGUAACAAGAUAUUUGUCCAUGUGACCUUGGCCAUCUUCGGAAUUGGCUAUUAUCGGGGGCAUUUGUGUUUCACAAACACAUCUUGUUUCCCAAUUAUAUUAUAUGUUUUUCCCAAUUUCAAAUCCAAGAAAAUUAGGCCAUUUUAAACAAAAAGUUACCGUAUAUUGCUGGUAAAGAGUAAAUACAUUUUUUUUGUCUUUAGUUUUAUUCUCCAAGCUCCUUCACAUGCAAAAGGUUUUGUAAAGAAUAUAUAAAACAAUGGAGGCAUCUGUAUAAGCAGAUAUGCAGCAUAGUAUAUACCGUAGUUUCCAGGUACACAUUAAGCCUUAUUGUUAACACUUUCAGUUUGACUGCCAUUAUAUGUAGGAUCAGGCUAAUAUGAAGUGGCUAAGACUAGGAUUUUACUAAAAUCCGAAAAAUACAAACAGGAGAGACAUUCUGGAAACUUUAUUAUUAAUUCAAUAUUUACAAAAUUAUGAGUACAAAUGCUGGAAAUUUUUUUAUUUUUAUGAAAUUAGAGAAUAAAUAAUUCUUACAAAAAGUAAGUUAUAUUUAUACAAGGUGUGACUUCCCAUUCAUAUUCAAUGUUAAAUAAUGAUUUAUUAUAUGAUAUUGAAUCAGAUCUGAAAUAAACAUCAAACUAAAAA